CUUCAAAGCAUUUUGUAUAUUUAAGGCUCUUGCUUAGCAUAGGGCAUGUGCUACCAAAGGACAAGGAGACCUUUAGUCCAUCCCAGAGAUUCUUGGAUUUAAAGACUGUGUGGAGCUGCUUUGUGAAGUUGCAUACUAUAGCUUUUAGGAAAUGGAACCAGGAGAGACAUUACACAAUGUGUCCCCAAAGUCUUAGUGCAGUUUUAAGUUCUUAACAGCUGGAGACCACACAAAGAUGAUUGGGGGGAGGGAGGGACACCUUGCAUUCUAAUCAGAGACAGAAGUGAGAUGUGUAUACUCUGGGCAAGAUGUAAAAAUUGCUUCUCGUGUCUGCUGUGCGUUCUGAAGCUUUGAGGUUUUGCUGGAAUGGGUAUGGUGUGACUACACCAAAUGUCCAUCACCUGAUCUGCCAUAGAGGAAAAAAUAGCAUUGAAAAUAUUCAUUUAUAUAACAACACAAAAAAAUCUCUUUGUGGUCUCUCUCUUACUCUUCCUGCCCCAUCCCCUUUUGUCCUAGCAGCCUGGGUCCUGACUCAUAUGAUGAUCUGUUAACUUCUUAUGGACCAUUUUGCAACAGCAAAGGAUUGCUUCUAUAGUAUAGCCCCAUCUGUUCCUGUAUACAAGGACCAAAAAAUCACCUGCAAACAAAAAAACCUCAAAGCUCCCUUGGGAAAAUGCUUUCUGUUACCUUCCCUUUAUUAGCCCUUACCUUAUGGGGAAGGGGAAGGGGAAGGGAAUGUGGGAGGUGAGGAGAAGGGCUCAAAUGAAGCCAGAUUGCCUAUCAGAUCUCCGUCUCUUCCUUUCCUACGUGUUGGUGUAGGGUCUCACUUGGCUUGAUGGGAAUCCCACUGGUGUUAGCUUGGAAACAAUCCAGUGCAGUGCUUUCAAACUGAGUCUAAAGCAGUUAGUUUAUUGGUGAGUAUGGAGCACCUACAAUGCACCUAGCCCUAUGUUAGCUGCUCUGGGGCAGGUACAUGAUCCCCCUCCCCUCAAGGAACUUUGAACCUCAUUGGGGAGGUCAGGAAAUGGAUGGAAUUAACUAACAAAAUUUUUGUUAUUUUAGAGACUCUUAGACGUAUAGAUUAUACACUAUAGCAUUCCUUUUUUUAAACUUAUUUUCUGCUGAUAUCUUUUGAUUUCCUAUUCUUCCUUUGAAAACCCCCCUUUCAACUCUCCGCUCCACAGUAUACAAGUGUACUUGUUUUUCUAUCAUCUUAAUUUCUGAGUAUAUCUCCCUACUCAGUGAGACAUCGCUUAUAACAAAGAUUAGAAAGAAAGGAGGCAUUUAGCAAAGCUAACCACCAGUUAGAGUUUGCCGCCAUAGGUGAUAUUCCAUAAUUGUUGUCCCCCACCUCUACACAGAGAUACAUCAUCUCAAACUCUUCUCUGGUGCCAAACCUGGUGAUUAUAGUUCCAUGGCAUUCACUUGGGUUUCUUUGUUCUGUUUCUAUUUUUGUCAUCAUGUAUAUUGUUUCCUUGGUUCUCUUUCAUGCUGUCCAACUACAUGUGGCUCUUCCCAGGCCUUUUCCGAGAACUUCAUGUUCAUAAUUUCUAUUGGCACAGCAGUAUUCCAUUGUAUUCAUGGACCAUAAUUUGCUUAGCUACUCCUGUGUUGAUGAGCACCUACCUUGUCUCUAGUUCUUUGCUGUCACAGAAAGUACUGGGGUGAAGAGCUGAGUGCUUGUGAGAUCUUUCAGUAUAGGGCCUCUCUGGGUAUGGACAUUUUAGGCUUUUUAAAGAAUAACAAAAAGAAUAACUUUUUAAAGAAUAAUUCUAAAUUGCUUUCCAGAAUGAUUAGAACAAUCCAUAGCUCCGCUAACAAUGUAUUAUUAGUUUUCCCAGCCUGGUAUUGUAGUUGGUCAGGAAGGAGGGAGUAGUUGGGUUAACCUCAUCGAGGAUGCCAGAGCAUCUGAAGGAUGUGGAGGGUUUGGAUAGACAGAAAGAAGACCAUCCCAGGCAGCAAGGCAAAGGGUCCCAUAUUGAAGGCAGGGAAGGAAAGGGUGUGUUUGUAGGACAUUAAAGUCACAAUAAAGGGCAUGGGCUGGGUAAUAAUGGAAAAUGAGAUGGGGACAGAUUAUUGAGGAACUUAAAAGAAGAGUUUUGAUUUGUUAUGGUAGAAAAUAAGCUGCCACUGAAAGGUUAUUUGUUUUUUAAGCUAGAAGCCCAGUGUGAUGAAAGCAGUCAAAUGACAUGAAUUUAAUAGGCCCCCUUUCUCUUUCCCGUGUUCCCUAAGAAUCAUGCCCAAGUGCCAGUUUCUCCUAGAAUAAUCAGCAAGUGUUUGGUCGACACCAACUUUAUACCAGGCAUGGCAUGCCCUGGGGAUACAAAGAAAAAGUGAAAAUAUUCCUUGACCUCUAGGAACUUACAUUCUAAUGGGAGAACCACCAGGUGCAUUUCAAGGCAUCCCUGAUAUCCCCAGAGCAGAUCCUAGGCUACCACAGAAAGAAUGUCAUUAGCAGCAGGUGAUGGGGAACCAGAAAAAGGCUUCCUGGAGAAGUUGGCACUUAAGCCAAGUCUUGAGGGGAAAUCUAUUCCAGGAGGUGGAGGUGAAGAGGGAGGAUAUUCCAGCCAUGGAGGGUAGUCAGUACAAAGACACAGGCCAGCAGAUGGAGUGUCAUGUGUGAGGAAUACUAAGAAUGUUGUAGGAUUGCAUUGGAGAGUGUAUGGAGGGGAGUAGUGCUUGCUAAGGCCAGAAAGACAGGAAGGGGCCAGGUCGUGAUGAUAAUGAAAUGCCCUACAGAGUUUCUGUUUGAUCCUGGAGGAUUAAACAGGAAACCACUGGAGUUGGAAUAGGGAGAUGGCCAGACCAGUGUCUAUAUGGGCAAGACCUAUGCUUUAAGAAAAUCUCUCUGGCAGCUGAAUGGAGAAUGACUUGAGGUAAGGAGGCCUCUUGGGAGUCUAUUGAGGUAGUUAGUCUAGGUGAGCAGCAAUGAGGGUCUGAACUUGGAUGUUGGCUGUGUGAGUGGAGAAAAAGGGAUGGAUAUGAGAGGUACUGAAGGAGAAUUGACUAGACUUACCACUGGAUGGGUCAUGGAGGAUGAGGUUACAGACCUACUAGGGGCCUGGGAGGACAAUGAUAUCCUGGACAUCAGUAGGGAAUUUGGGAAGAAGGGAGGAUUUGGGGGAGAAAUAGAAUGAAUUCUGUUUUGGACAUGUGGAGUCUGAGAUGCCUAGGGGGACAUCAAAUUGGAACUAUCUGAAAGCUAAUUGGUGAUGUGGGAGUGGAGUUCAAGAGAGAGGUCAGCGCUGGGUAUAUUGAUCUGGGACUCAUUUGCCUAGAGAUAAUUGAUGAGAGAGGUGCUAAUGACCUUAUUAAUUCACACUGAUGGUGCGAGAAUCAUUUUAUGAAUGGGGCUGCUGUUCAUGGACUGAAUACUAAAUUAAGUUCUCUAGGACUUUUAGAUUUACAAAGGAUCUCCCACCCCAAAACAGUGGGAGGUAGGGAGAGCUAGAAUCAUGAUCCCUAUUUUAGCAUUUGGGAAUAUUGAUUUGUCGAGAGGAAAAAGACUUGUCCACAGUCUUAUAGUAAAUAACCAAACUAGGAUCCAAUCUGUGAUCAUAAGCUAAUAAUGAUGAUAAUGACAGCUAACAUUUUUAUAGCACUUAACUAUGUGCCAAAUAGUGUGCUGAGGGCUUUACAAUUAUUAUCUCAUUUGUUAUUAUAUUAUCUUAUAUCUUAAUCAUUAACUCACAACAACCCUGGGAGGUAGGUGCUAUUAUUAUCCCUAUUUUAUAGAUGGGGAAACUGAAGCAGAUAGAGGCUAAGUGACUAGCCCAGGGUCUCAUAGCCAGUUAGCAUCUGAGAUCAUAUUUGAACUCAAGUCUUCUUGAUUUCUGGCUCCUGUGCCACAGAUCUAUAACUAGGAGGGACCUCAGAGGCCAUUUAGUCUAAUUCCCUCAUUUUACAGAGGGGGAAACUGAGGCAUAUAGUGAGGAAGGGCCUGAUCCAAGUUCACAAAGAGGAUCCUUGAUUUAGAGUUGGGAGGGACCUUAAAGUUCAUCUAGUGCAAUGGUUCUCGACCUUUCUAAUGCCGUGACCCGGCAAUACAGUUCCUCAUGUUGCAGUGACCCCAAACCAAAAAAUUAUUUUGGCGGCUACUUCAAAACUGUAAUUUUGCUACAGUUCUGAUUCGGAAUGUAAAUACCUGAUAUGCAUUAUGUAUUCUCAUUGCCACAAAUUGAGAGGUUGAGAACCGCUGAUCUAGUGCAAGUCCCUCAUUUUACAUAAGAGGAAACUGAGGCCCAGGGAGAGGAAGGGACUUACUUGCUAGUCAAAUGGCAUAGGUGAGAUAUGAACCCAGGUGCCUUUUCUACACUCUCAUGGUCGUGACUCCGAGUUCAUUACUAUUUCUCCAACCAUAAGUGAGAACUGGUCCUAACAUUCAUCUUUCUGUGGCAGAUUUGGUAAGCACUGGAGAUUCAGGCUGAGCAGAAUCUGUCCCCUUUCAUCUUUUUGCUAUUUGCUCACAGUCUGGGGCAGGGAAUUCUUAACUUAGGGUCCAUGAAUUUGUUUUCAAAAAUUAUUUGGCCAACUCAAUUUCUAUAUAAUUAGUUUCUUUUGCCAUCCUCUGUGUUUUAUCUUAUGAAUUUAUGAACUGAUUCUGAGCAGGGGGUCCAUAGGCUGCUGGAGAAGUCCAGGACACUAAAAAGGGGGAAAACCGCUGUCUGAGGGAUCUAGGACUGUGGCACUCAUUGGCUAUGAGAAGAAGAGUGAUUUGAAAAAUUGAAAACUGAUGCAAUUUGGAAAAUUUUCAUUUGAAUGCUAUACAUGGCUACCUCUUGUAGUAGUAUUUUUAAAAAUUCAUUUAUCCCUUAAAUUCCCCUCACCCCUGAUUAAGCCAAUUAAAAAGACUCCCAAACAAAAAAAAUCACAAUUUUGGAACUCAAAAUUUUAGGAAACUAUUGCUAAAAAUUAUCUUCACAUGUAAUUAGGGAAAAAAGAAAAAUAAUCCAAACCAAAAACAUAUCUCUCAAUACAUAUCUCUAUAGGCUGGCAAAGCAAAUUCCCACAUUUAUCAGGUCUGAAAGUGAAGGUCUCUUUAUUGCAUUUGAAGUUUAUCACUUCUGUGAGGAGGUGAGUGGUAUGUUUCAUCUUCUGUCUUUUAGACUCAUGUUUUAUCAUUUCACUGAUCAGUUCUAAAGUCUUUCAAAGGCACUUUCCUCUAUUUUUCUCCUAUUGUCAUAUAAAUUAUUCUCCUACUUCUGCUCAUUUUGACCAUAGAGGUAUUCCCUCUUUCCUCUGAAGCUAUCUGUUUUGUUGUUUCUUAGAGCGCCAUGACAUUCAGAUAUCCCACAUUUGUUUAGCCAGGGAGGGUACCAUCAAUCUUCCUCUCCCUGUUCCUCAGUUUCCCCCUCUGCAAAAUGAGGGGGUUAAACUAGAGGAUCCCUGAGGUCCCUCUGUGGCAGAGGGGGCUAGAGUAGAACCUUUUGAGUUGCAAUUUUUGACUUCCAUAAAAACAUACAGAUCCUUCUUCUCAUUCUUCAUUUUCUUUGGGGGUAUAGAUCUAGUGGUACUAUUGCUGGGUCAAAGGAUGUGCACAAUUUGGUCACUCUCUGAGCAGAGUUCCAAUUUGCUUUCCUCAAUGGCUGGCCCAGUUCCAAGCUCCACCACUAGCCAUAAGUGUACCUGCCUUCCCACAGUCCUUUCCAAAAGGGAAAAUUUUGUCAUUUUCCUCUCUUGUCAUGUUAGCCAAUCUAAUACUUUAGUGAUUUAGAGCAUUUUUUCAUAUGGUUACUAGCUCAGAUUUCUUCCUCUAAAAACUUCUUGUUCUUAUCCUUUGACCCACAAUACACAAAUGUACUCUUUUUUCCCGUAACUCCUCCGACAUUUAUCAUGUCUGUUUUUUUCUCAUCUUUGCCAGGGUGAAUUGGAACCUCAAAGUUGCUUUAGUUUGCAUUUUAAAAAUUAUUAGUGAUUUUUCAUAUGAUUUUUGAUAGCUUGAACUUCAUAAGGAUUUUAUUGAUAUGUAUUUGCCCCUUCUAAAAUUCCUUAUGCCAGGAUAUGGUCCUUGUAAAAAAAACCCAAUAGAUAACAUUUCUAUGGCACUAUAGGCUUGCAAAGAACUUUACAAAUAUUCACUCAUUUGACCCUCACAGCAAUCCUGGGAAAUAGGUGUUAUUAUCUCCACUUUUACAGUUGUAGAAACUGAGGCUGGCAUGGAUUAAAUGAUUUGCCAAGGUACAUAUAGCUAGUAUUUGAGAUAGGAUUCAAAUUCAAGUCUUCCUGAUUCCAAAUUCAGUAGCUCUUUACUGGAUCUCUUAGUUGCCCUAGGGAAAUUCCUUUGUGAAGUUGAUGAAAGAAACCAAUGGUCCAGAAAGUAGUGGCCACAUUUGCUUUCCAGAGACAACAACAACAACAAUAAUGAUGAUAAUAACAACUAGCUUUUAUAUAAUGCCUGCUGUGUGCCAGACACCGUACUGGGCAUUUUACAAAUACUUUAAUUUGAUCCUCACAAUAACUCUUUGAGGUAGGUGCUAUUAUUGUCCCUAUUUUUUAUAGAUGAGGAAACUGAGGCAGACAGUGGUGAAGUGACUUGCCCAGGGUCACAGAACUAGUCCAUGUCUAAAGUUGGGUUUGAACUCAUGUCUUCCUGACUCCAGGUCUAGCCUUUUAGCCACUGGGCCCCCUAAUUUCCCCCUAAAGCAGUUUAGGUAACCAUUUGGCAGAGAAGCAUGUGACCUCCUAGAUUCCUGUUCCUCCUUGGGUUUUGUUUUUAUUGUUUUUAAUUUAACUUAAUCUUUCCCCAUUUACAUACAGGAACAAUUUCCAACAUUUUCACCCAAGAAUUUGCAGUCUCAAAUUCUCUCCCUCUUUCCACACUUAUAUCCCACCCACCUCACUGAGAUGAUAUGAAAUUUCAUACAGAUUUUACAUGUGCAAUCAUGUGAAAAUAUUUUCCUAUAUUAAUCCUUUUGUGGAAGGAAACUCAGAACAAGAAAAUUUAAGAAAGCAAAAAAAGUUUCCUUUGGUCUGGAUUUAUAAUCCGUCAGUUUUUUCCUCUGGAAGUAGAUGACUUUUUUUUUUGUCAUGAGUCCCUUGGGAUUCUUUUGGAUCACUCUAUUGGUGAGAAUAGAUAUUAUUCACAGAUGUUCAUUAUACAGUAUACCUGUCACUGUGUAACAGUGGUCUCCUGGUUCUGCUUAUUUCACUCUGCUUCAUUUCAUAUAAGUCUUUCCAGGUUUUUCUGAGUUCCUCCUGCUUGCCAUUUCUUAUACCACAAUAGUAUUCCAUUACAAUCAUAUAUUAUAACUUACUCAGCCAUUUUUUACUUGAUAGGUUUCCCCUCACUUUCUAAUUCUUUGCCCCUACAAAAAGAGCUGCUUUACAUAUUUUUAUACAUAUAGGCCUUUCCUCUUUAUUUUUUAUCUCUUUGGGAUACAAACCUAGUAAUACUGUUUCAUGUUCAAAGACUACAUACUGUUUUAUAGCCCUUUGGGCAUAGGUCCAAAUUGCUCUCCAGAAUGAUUGAAUCAAUUCACAUCUCCCCCAAUUCAUGCCUCAGUUUCCCCACAUUCCCUCCAAAUUUUGUCAUUUUCCUUUUCUGUCCUAAAAGCAAAUCUGAUAGAUGUGGUACCUCAGUUUUAAAAAUUUGUAUUUCUCUAAUUGAAUGAUUUAGAGAAUUUUUUUGCAUGAUUAUAAAAAGCUUUAAUUACUUUGUCUGAAAACUGCCUUUUCAUAUCUUUGGAUUUAUUCAUUGGCGAAUGACUUGUCUUAUGCAUUUAACUUAUUUCUCUAUUUAUUUGAGAAAUGAGGCCUUUAUUAGAGACUUGUAAAAUUUUUUGCACAAUUAUGAUUAUUAUGUAUUAUUCUCCAUCCUAUUUCCUCAUGGUUGGUUUCUGACUUCCACCUCCCCCAAUUUGCUCCCUUUUCUGUCAACCCUACCCCUCUUUUCUUAUCUCCUUCCCCUCCUACUUUUCCUACUUAGAAAUUUAUCGAGAAAGAUAAAUUUCUAAACCCAUUUGUAUGAUUGUGUAUGUCUUCCCUCAUUGAGCCAAUUCUAAUGAGAGUAAGGUUCAUAUGUUUUCCUCCCACCUUCCUCAUCUUUUUCUCAGUUGUGAGGUAAUUUAUCCCAUUCUAUUUUUUUCCUUUCCCCCUCCUCUCAAUGCAUUCCUCUUUCUUAAACUUUAAUUUUAAUUUAAUUUUAUACCACCCCAUCAUAUUCCACUCACACCCUUGCCCUCUAUCUAUGCAUACUCCUUCUAGUAGUGGUAGUCUCUCGGUGACCGAGAAUGACAAUUGUCUUUGUGCAUUAUCAUCAUUAUCAUCUAUUGAUGUACCCUCAUGUGGCUUUGAAGUCCAAAGACAGAGGCGCAAAGUUUGUGGCACAUGGGGCAUGGGAUGCCAGUUGUUACGGGAGGUGCGGUUGUGGCCUGGUGUCGGCAUUCACGCGCAGCGGCAAGACGUCGACGUCGCUCAUCUUCAAAGGUGGCGGCGGCAUGGUGAAUGUGGGUUCGCCAGCUGUUUCUGACAGAGGCAGCAAGUGCAUGCUCCUUCUAACUGCCCUAAUAAUGAUAAAGUUCUUAGGAGUUACAAGAAUUAUCUUUCCAUAUAGGUGUGUACACAGCUUAACCUUAUUGAAUAUCUUUUGAUUUCUCUUUCCUUUUUAUAUUUCUCUUGAGUCUUGUGUUUGAUAGUCAUAUUUUCCAUUCAGCUCUAAUAUUUUCAUCAGAAAUAUUUGAAAGCCGCCCUCUAUUUCAUCGAAUAUUCACUUUUCCUCCCAAAGGAUUAGGCUCAGUUUUGCUUCAUAAGUGAUGCUUGGAUGAAGUUCUAGCUUUUUUGCCUUCUUGGAGUAUCAUAUUCCACGAUUUCUGAUCCUUUAAUGUAGAAACUGCUAAAUCUUAUGUUAUUCUGACUGUGGUUCCAUGAUAUUUGAAUAAUUUCUUUCUUGCUUCUUAUGAUAUUUUCUCCUUGGUCUGGGAGCUCUUGAAUUUGGCUAUAAUAUCUCUAAGAGUUAUCUCUCAGGAGGUGAUCAGUGAAUUCUUUCAAUUUCUCUUUUGUCAUCUGGUUCUAGAAUAUCAGCAGUUUUCCUUGGUAAGUUCUUGAAAGAUGAUAUCUAAUCUUUUUCUUUAUCAUGGCUUUCAGGUUGUCCAAUAAUUCUUAGAUUAUCUCUCCUGGAUUUAUUUUUCAGGCCAGUUUUUCCAUUGAGGGAUUUCAUCCCCCCCCUAUUUUUUCAUUCUUUUUGGCUUGGUUUGAUUAUUUCUUGAUGCCUCAUGGAGUCAUUAACUUCCAUUUGUCUAUUCCUAAUUUUUAAGACAUGUUUUUUGCAUGUGUAAGCUAUUUGACCAAUUUUUUAAAAAAACCCUUAACUUGUGUCUUAGAAUCAAUAUUGUAUAUUGGUUCCAAGGCAGAAGAGCAGUAAGGGCUAGGCAGUGAGGGUUAAAUGACUUGCCCAGGGUCACACAGCUAGGAUGUGUCUGAAACCAGAUUUGAAACUAGGACCUCCUGUCCCUAGGCCUGUCUUUCAAUCCAUUGAACCACCCAGAUGCCCCCUUCAAUUCUACUUUUUAAAAAGUUAUUUUCCUCAGUGAAUUUGGGUGCCUCUUUUUUCAUAUGGCCAAUUUUGCCUUUUACGAAGUUUUUCUCUUUGGUGCAUUUUUGUAUAUCUUUUUCCAUAUGGCCAAUGCUGCUCGUUAAGUAGUUCUUUUCUUCAUUAUAUUUUUGUGCCUCUUUUACCAACUGGUCUAUUUUGUUUUUUUAAGGUAUUAAUUUCUUCAGUAUUUUUUGUGCUUCCUUUACCAAGCUGUUGACUCUAUUUUAAUGACUUGCUUGUAUCACUCUCAUUUCUUUUCCCAAUUUUUCUUCUAUCUUUCUUAUUUGAUUUUUAAAAAUCGUUUUUGAGUUCCUCUAUUAAUUCUUUUUGGGUCUUGAGAGCAAUUCCUAGUUUUCUUGGAGGCUUUGGAUGCAGCAGUAUUAACUUUGUUGUCUUCUUAUGAGUUUGUGAUUUGAUCUUCCUUGUCACCAGAAUAACUUUCUAUGUUGAGUUUCUUUUGUUGUUCUUGUUGUUGUUUGCUCAUUUUCCAGUUUUUUCUUUUAAUUUAAAACACUAUGGAAGUUGGGCUAUUUUUUUGUGGCAAAGGCAGCAGUAUUCCAAGCUUCAGGUUCUUUCUACAGCUGCCUUCAGAGCUAGCUCUGGGGAUCCCUCUGCUCUCAGUUUUUCCACAGUGGUGUGAUAUAAGGAAAGAUAUGUUUAAUACUCUACAGGCCUGUGCUCUGGUCUGUGAGUAACCAUAAGCAUUCUUUUCCAGCUUGGAACUAUGACUAGGGUCCUCUGAUCCUUUGUUUGGUGUGUGCUAGUAAUCCUCCUCACCCUGAGACUGCAAUCUGUGUAUAGGCAAUGCAGCAAGGCAUCCAUAGACAGCAAGGGGAACUCUGUAAUCUCUUUCUAAGUAGUUGUCUGAUCCCUCUUACCAUCUCCAACUGAGAGCUCCAAAAGCCUUUGCUGCUGAUUCAGUUGUGCCCAAAGCCUAUUGCCAUGGUGGGACCUGCUUUGGCAUGCUGCUUUGUGCUCCAUUUCUUGGUGCACUAGGUCUUUCAUGUCAGUCUCCUAAGUUGUUUUGGGCUAAAAUUAUUUUACCUUCUCUUUUUGUGGGUUAUGCUGCUCCAAAAUUAACUUUGAGGUAUUAAAUCAUAGUUUUUUGGAGGAUAAUUUGGUAGAGAUUAGGUGGCUCUGUGUAUCUUUUCUGCCAUGUUGGCUCUUCCCCUUCUCUUUUUUUUAAUACUUACUUUCUAUCCUAAUAAAGCUCUAAGACAGAAGGGCAAGGGCUAGGCAAAUAGGAUUGAGUAACUUACCCCAGGUCAGAGCUAGUAAAUGUCUGGGGUCAGUUUUGAACCCAGGAUAUCUUGCCUUCAUAUUUGAGCCACUUAGCUCCUAGGCUGUUGGUUUUUUUUACCAAUUACAUGUAAUAACAAAUUUCCACACAAGUUUUCCUAAGUUAUGUGAUCAAACUUAUCUCCCUCCCUCCCUUCCCUUCCUCUUCCUUGUGCGGUCAGGUGAUUCGAUCUGUGUUAUACAUGUAUAAAAAUAUGUAACACUUCAUGAAUUUGUGUGUUAUCCUUGCACAGAGGCCAUGUCAAUCUUCUCUGUAUCAUUCCAAUUUUAGUAUAUGUGCUGCUGAAGCAAACAAUAGGUUUUUUUUAACUCUUUAUUUCCUAUCCUAGGGACAACUCUAAGGCUGAAGGGCAAGGGCCAGGUAAUCAAGGUUAAGUGAUUUGCCCAGGGUCGCACAGCUAGGAAGUGUCCGGAUCCAGAUUUGAACCCAGGCUGUCCUGUCUGCACAUCUUACUCUCUAUCUACUGUGCCAUCUAGCUGCCCCUCUUAGUGUCACUAAGGCAGAAGAGUGUCAAGGGAUAGACAACUGGGGUUAAGUAACUUAUUCAGGGUUACACAGCUAGGUAGUAUUUGAGACCAGAUUUAUGCCCAGGUCCUUUCUGACUCUAGGCCUGUCUCUAUCUACUGGUUCACCUAACUUGUACCCCAACGUGGGUUUUCAUGAUGUUACUGUCAUGGCUCUCUUUCUACCUGUUUUUUUUCUUAGUCUCCUUCCUCACCACCACCUCUUGGAAUCCUUAUUUUCCUUUCAAACUUAGCUUACACACUGUCAUUUUCAUGGAGCCUUUCUGAAAUGUUUUUCUCCUCUUCUCAACUACUGGUGUUUCUCACCUUACACAUUAAGACGUUAUGUGUCCAUGUCUGCUCCCCUAGUAGAAUGUAUGUUUCUUCUGGGCAGGGACUAUUUCAUUAUGGUCUUUGUAGCACCAUCACCCAGCAAUGUGCCUGACACCUAGUUAGGUGUUUCUAAAAUGCUUGCUUGAUUAACUGCAGUUUCUUCUUUGAUAUCUUGCUGGCUCUGAGACCUGAGGUCUCUGUCCUAGGUCUUCUCCUCUACAGUUUGCAUAUUCUUUCAGCUCUCUCAUCAGUUCCCAUAGAUUUAAACGUCACCUCUCUCUAUACAACUACCAAAUCUACAUGUUUUUUGUUGUCCAUUCAUUUUUCAGUUGUGACCCCACUUGAGGUUUUUGUGGCAAAGAUACUGGAGUGGUUUGCCAUUUCAUUCCCCUCAUUUUUCAGAUGAGCAAACUGAGGGUUAAGUGACUUGCCCAGAGUUACAGUCCCACAUCUCCAACUACCUUCUUUACCCUUUCAUCAGGGUGUUCCCAUAGGCAUUUCAAAUUCAACAUUCCUCAAACCAGGCUCAUUACCUUCCCACCCACUUCCAGAUUUCCCUCUGUGGAGGGUACCACUCUUCCAUUAAGUGGCACUCAGGUUUGCUGUUUAGGAGUCAUCCUUGGACUUUCCAUUCUCCUUUACCCUUGAGGUCCCAUGUCUAAUCAUUUGUUAGAUCUUACCUUCUUCAGCUUCUCAAAUUGGUUCUCUCUUGUCACACUCAAUAACUCUUACGGUUCAGGCUCUCAUUACCUCUUGCUUGGACUUUUCUAGUAGCCUCCUCCUUGAGUGACUUUUCUCCCCCCCUCAAUUCUCUCCCCUCUCCAGUCUGCCCUCCACCCAAUUGGGCAUUAACAUAUGAGUGUGGCAUUGUCAUUCCUCUGCUUGAGAAGGUUCAGUCACUUCCCAUAAUGCUUACAAUGAAACAUAAGCUCUUCUGUACAUAAAAACCCUGCACAAUCUGGAUGUGAUUUAUCUUCCUGGAAUCAUUAUAAGUUUCUGCCUCCCAACCUCUCCUAAACACCAUGUUCAGCCAAACUGCCUCACUCAUUAUUCUCUGAACAAGAUGUUCUAUCUUCUAUCUCCAUGCCUCAUACAAGCUGUCCUUCAUGCCUUGAACAUUUCCUCACCUUUGCCUUUUGAACUUCUGGUUCCCUUCAAGGCUUAUCUCAAGUGCUUCAUUCUUCAAAAGACCUUUCCUGAUUCCCCUAGUUAUCAGUCCACACCCUCCUCACAGAAUUAGUGUAUUUAUUUGGUAAGUGUCUCAUAUGUAGUUAUUUAGAAGCUAGGUGAUGAUGUAGGGAAUAAAGUGUUGGGCCUGGAGUUAGGAAGAACUAAGUUAAAAUCCAGCCUCAGACACUUCCUAGCUCUGUGACCCAGGUUACGUCCCUUCCCUUCUGUUUGCCUCCAUUAAGGAUCAAAUGAAAUACUCAUUAAAAAGCACUUAGUAUGAUAUAUGACUUGGAGUAAGCACUAUGUAAAUGUUUAGUAUUAUUGUCUGUGAAUAUAUUAUAUCCCCCUCAUCAAAUGUAAGCCCUUUGAGGGUAAGGAUUCACUCAUUAUUGUCUUUGUAGUCUCAUUAUCCACUUAGCAUAGCAGAAUAAAACCUUUUUCAUUUGAUUGACAUACUGUUACUUUAUUAGAUAUCUAAUAGGUUUCUGGCACCCUGCUUUCUUGCUUGGGUUCCUCUAAUCUUUUGUGUUGUUUUUUUUCCCAGAGCCACUGGAUUGAUUUUGGCAUGAGCUAUAUGUUUUAAAAUAGAGGUUUGAAGAAUUUUGUAUAUUAUGUUUUAAGUGAACAAAUCUGAUGAUACCAGGCUCUGUUCUUGUUCAAACACAGAGUUAUGUAGGCUUGCUUAGACAGUGUUGAGAUAUUUGUUACAGUUCAAAUCUUAGGAUGCAUGUAUGAAUAUGUCUGUAUAGAGACAUAUCUAUUAUAUGCCAAUCUGUGAAGGCCUAAGGCUUCACUCAUUUACUAGACCCAAAGCUUUAGGGUUAGAUGGGACUUGAGAAGUUAAGGGACUUUCAAAGUCAGGUACUCUGACUCCAAAUCCAAUACUUUUUCAGUUAUAUUUUUGCUUUGUGUGUAUAGGCAGGUUGGGAGGGAGGAUUGUGUCCCCCAGAGGUCUCUUAGGUGGGGGCACUAAAGUGCAUAGAUCACUGGGCUGGGAGUUGGGAAGACCUCAGUUCAAAUCCAGCCUCAAAAACUUACUCAUUGUGGGAUCCUGGGUAGGUCACUGUAUUUCUAUUUUCUUCACUCUUUCCAUUUGUAAAAUAGGGAUAAAGUAUUCCUUGUAGGGAUAUUAUGAGAAUCAAAUGAGAAAAAAGUUGUAAAAAGCAAUCAGCACAGUGCCUGCCACAUAAUAGUUCACUAAUUAUUACUGCCUCUCAAAAAGUCCUCAUGAAUCUAAUCUUUAUAAUGGUGGUGGACCCUUAGAAAAACCCAUGGGCUUUGAGCUUCUUUGUUGAUUCACAACCCUGGUUCUUAGCUGAGACAUAAACGCUGGGAUGUGGAGGCUCUGUUUGUUAGAGCCUUUUGCCACGGCCUUUUCUAAUAAGGAAGUCAUAUUGAUGAGUUCUAUACUUUACUUAUAGUCUUCUUUCUACCUUGUCUUCUGUCGUUGCCUUCAACAUACCUGUUGUUGGCGGAUGUCCCUUCCAACACCUGGCAUUCCAGUUCCUCCUGUCUCCUAAACUUCUAUGAUCUCUUCUUCUCUUGGCCUGGGUCACGCACUCCCUUCGGCUUACCAAAUGUUCCACUUCAACAACCACACACUCCUUUCCCCUCUCCUGGCUCCCCUGAGGCCUUUACACUUUCUAUGGCUUCACUUUCCCUCCCUCCCAAUCUUGACCCUGGAGGUAGUUGGUGCCACAUUGCACUGUUCUCUACUCUUGAACCUUUGACCUAUUGUCUUGUUAUCACUCAUGCCUUGCCAACUGUGCCCUGCCUUAUCUCCACUUUCCACUUCUUUUCCUUAUUGUGUGCUGCUGAAUAAUGCUUGAGAAAAUCAUGCAAACAUGCCAACUGGUUCUGCUAUACAUUUUUGUUGUUUAAUUAUUCUUUUUAAAAUCCAUACCUUCUGUCAGUAUCAAUUCUAAGAUAGAAGAGUACAAGGGCUAAACAAUGGGGAUUAAAUGAUUUGCUCAGGGUCACAUAGCUAGGAAGUAUCUGAGGCCAGAUUUGAUCCCAGAUCCUUCUAACUCUAGGCCUGGCACUCUAUCUACUACCUGCCCCUAAAUGUAAAUUAUUAUGAUUAAUUAUUAAGACCCUUACUUUCUGUCUUAGUUACCAGUCUGAAGCAGAAAGGGUACAGGCUAGGCAAUGGAGGCUAAAUGACUUGCCCAGGGUCACACAACUUGGAAGUGUCUGAGUCCAUAUUUGAACCCAGGGCCUCCCAACUCCAGGCCUGUUGUACUAUCCACUGAGACAUCUAGUUGCCUCUUGUUAUUGGAUCUUGACUUGGCCCUCACUGUAGCUAGGCAAUCCUUCAACUUUGUGAUUGCUUUUCUAUCCCACUCACCACAGUGGCUGUUCCAGACCUUGCCUUCUCUCUUCAUGCCUCUUUCCCCUUUCCAUUAUUUUCUGAGUUGAGGACCCCUCCUCUUACUCUACUGUGAAAACAGAAACUGCUGUUUUGAGCUCCCUCUCUUCAGAUCAGAUCCUUUGACAUCAUACCUCCCUCUCUUCUCCUUUCAUUCAAUCUCUGAUAAGGAAAUGGCCCUUCUUAUCAAUGUCAGCUCCCGUACAUGUACCCUGGAUCCCUUGUCCUCUCUUAUAUUGUCCCAGUAAUCAUCACUCUUAUCUUUCUCUAGUCUCCAGACUCCCUAUUUACUGGGUCCUUCUCUGCUGUCUACAAACAUGCUCAUAUCUUUUCUAGCCUAAAAAAAUCUCAGUUAAUCCUCCUUCACAGCCAAACUCUUAGAGGAAAGCUGUCUACACUCAUUGCCUCUCUCAUUGUCUUCUCAACCCCUUAAUCUGGCUUCCAAACUCAUCCCUUCACUGAAACUUCUCUUUCCAAAGUUACCUUGAUCUCCUAGUGUCUCUGCCUUAUGUCAAUUCUUAUUCUUCUUGACCUCUCCACAUUAUUUGACACUGUUGCUCCUCUUUUCCCCCUCUGGAUAUUCUUUCCUUUCUGGGUUUUCACAAUGCAAUUCUAUCUUGUUUCUCCCUCUACCCAUUGUCUGUGCCUUCUCAGUCUCCUUUUUUUAAACCCUUACCUGCUGUCUUAGAAUCAAUACUGUAUAUUGGUUCUAAGGCAAAAGAGUAGUAAGGGCUAGGCAAUGGGAGUUAAAUGACUUUCCCAGGGUCACACAGUUAGGAUGUGUCUGAGGUCAGAUUUGAACCCAGGACCUCCUGUCUCUAGGCCUGGCCCCUUCAGUCACCUUUGAUAGAAGAUAAGUAUCCAUUUUUUACCCUUAAACUAUGGGAAUCCCCUAAGCUCUGACCUGGGCUCUCCUCUCUACACUUUUUCUCUUUGGAAUAUAUAUUUUUAAAAUGCUUUCCACAGAUUUAAUAGCUGUUUUCAGUUUAAUGUAAUCCAUACAUCCCUAUACAGAUUAGUUUCUGAUCUAUUACGCCAGUGCUGGAGUCUCUACCGAGCUCUGUUCUUAUAGCUCCAACUGUUUGGUAUCCACUUGCAUCUGACUAUCCUAUAGGCAUUUCAGACCCAUAAACUCCAAAGCCAAGCUCAUCAUCUUUUUUUCCAAACCCUCCACUCUUCUGAAUGCCCUUGCUUUGAUUGGUGCCCUGUUCAAGGCACUCUCGCCAGCUUUACAACUUCAGAGUUCCCUUCAAAUCCUUACUGUCCCUCAGCCCAAAUAUUGUGUGUGUCUUAGAGAGUCAGUGUCCAAAAUGUCUCUCAAACUGGCCCAUUUCUCUCCCCACACAGCCACUACCCUCAUUUAAGUCCUCAGAGUCUCUCAGCUAGAGUGAAAUAGCCUCGUCAUUGGUGUUCCGGACUCCACUUUUCCCUUUUCUAAGUCAUCUUCCAUACUGCCAAAGCAAUAUUCCCACCAAGUCACCUCCCCUGCUCAGUAAACUUCAGCAGCUCUCUCUUAUCUCAGGUCAAAUGCAAAUUCUUCCAUUUGGCAUGUAAAGUUCAUUACAGCCUACCUUUCCAGGUUGAUUAGACAUUCUUUCCCUUCAUGUAUUCAGUGAUCUAGCCAAAUAGGCUACAAUUACAAUUAAUUUGCAUAUGACACUUCUGUCUCCCUAUCUUAAAAGGCACAGACUAUCUCCCAUGCUUCUAAUGUACUCUCUCUUCACCUCUACCUCAUAGAAUCUCAAACUUCUUUCAGUCACCUCCUACAUGCCCCUUCUUGAUUUCUACCCAGUCCCAGCCCUUUGCUGCUAGUGCCAAAAUUACCUGAUACACACACACACACACACACACAGACACACACACUUGUGUGUAAGUGUGUAAGCUGACCCUUAAACCAGAUCAGAAUUCCUUUUAUAUGGUAGGUGCUGAGAAAGUGCUGAUUGGCCUUAGUAGAAGGAGUUUCCUCCCUGGGUGUUCCCAGUAUCAAUGAAUCAUAGCUCCAGUAAAAAAAAUUAUAUCUAUGUAUUGUCUUACCUGAGAGAUUUGUAAGCUCCCUGUGGGCAGCGACUAUUUCAUUUUUGUCAGAAUAUUCUCAGAAUCUAGCACAGUGCCUAGCUCAGUGUUAAAUAAUUGUUUCCUGAUUGGUUGGUUGAUUGUGGUUGAAGAAGUGGAUGCUCAGAGAUGUUAAGGGCCUUGAACAGUGUCACACAGAGAGUUUGUGGAAGAGUCAGAAGUAAGGUCUGUGUCUCCUUUGUCUGGUGUUCUUUACUUUGUACCACACACAGUUGAUCUGAUGUGUUUGACAAAAUUAUGGCAAAGAAAAGGUUUUCUUGAGUGACAGUUGGUACAACUUUGGGUUUUGUUGCUUGUUUGAGAUAGCUUUUCCCAAAUGCUUGCCCUAUUAGGGUGCUUAGUGCCCCUUUCUUUUUUUAACCCUUACUUUCUCUGUUAGUAACAAGUCUAAUAUAGAAGGGCAAGGGCUAGGCAAUGGGGGAUAAGUGAUUUCCCCAGGUCAUACAACUAGGAAGUAUUUGAGGCUACAUUUGCACCCAGGUCCUCUCAACUACAAGCCCAGUGCUGUAGCAACUGUGCCACCUAGGUGCUCCCACCCUUCUUAUUAUCAUUCGGGGCCUGGCACAUAAUCCUCUACUCCAGGCAUACAGGAAGUUGACAAGAAUGUUACCAUGAUAUGGAGAUGGCUAGGAAAUCUGUUCUAAAAUACUGGUGGGGGGACAGCUCAGCGGAUUGAGAGUUAGGCCCAGAGAUGGGAGGUCCUGGAUUCAAAUCUGGCCUCAGACACUUCCUAGCUGUGUGACCCUGGGCAAGUCACUUAACCCCCAUUGCCUAACCCUUACCACUCUUCUGCCUUAGAACCAAUGCCCAGUACUGAUUCUAAGACGGAAGGUAAGGGUUUAAAAAAAAAUAAAAUACUGGUAGGAUGUGGGAACACUGCCUUAUUAACUAAUGCAUGUUUCCCCUGUAGGUGGCGACUCACUAGUAGGAAUAUGCUAGCUCAUCUCAGAUUUCAAAAAUCAAAUUAAUUUCAGAAGAAGUUUGUUGGCAAUGAUUCUUAUAUAUGUGAGUUUCUCCCACUAAAUGGUAGGUUAGUUAUUAAGCCAAGAGAGAUGGUGAGUUCUUUCCCCUUUUGUUGGUAGGCAUGAUAGUAAAGAGACAGUAUGUAGAAGGCCUGCCCACGGGUUAAAUCAGGGGCCGUGGAAGAGUGACUCUGUAGGCACAAACCGAGGGAGAGACCUUGCUGAAUAGUGAAGGAAGAGUCUGUGUAUUUUCAGUUGUGGAAUACUUAGCAAUAACACACUGACCACCCAAACACAACUCAUCCUGUCAGUGGCCUUGCUCUGACAAGUCUCAGACACAAAGCCUGCUUUGUAUUUUAACUCAACAUGCAGAAUUCAGCCUUGUCAUUCACAUUAAUCUCAGUAAUACUUGAUCGUUUCCAAAGCACUUUCCAUAGACCAUUUUUGAUCCUUUUAAUGAGGUGACAGUCUUUACUGUCCUUAUUUUAUAGAUGAAGAAGCAGACUGAGAGAGCUUAGCUAUGUGGCUAGCAGGGAUGGUCUUCAAGGUAAGUGAAGACCUGGGAGCCAGAAGAGUACCUUUGAGUGACUUACAGAUAUGCAUUUUUCAUUUGAGAGUGGGGAUGGUUUCUUUGGUCUUGCCAUCCCUAGAACCUAACACAGUGCCUGGCAACUAAUCAAUAUUUCAAUACUUACUCAUUGAUCAAGUCUGACCACUUUUGCUCCCCAUUGCAUGUAGAUAUGCUUGGGUUUCAUUGAUUGAAUUAUGGGGUUCCAAGCUAACCCACUGAGGCCUUGGGUGUCAUCAGAACAUACCCUCAGGGCUGGAAGGAACCCUCAAGGUCAUCUCUCCGAUCCACUCAUUUUAUAUAUGAAGAAACAUACCCAGAGAAGUUUCAAACUGCUCCAAGUCACAUAGAAAGAUAACAGAGUUAGUUAAGUCUUCUGACUUCACUCCACCACCACCCUUUUGACUCUACUCUCAUUGUGCUUUUCCAUCCUACUCAUCUAUCUCCUUACAUUCUCAUGGAUGAGGUCAAUAGAAUGUUAUUCCUUUGCUUCACAUGGGAAGCAGACACUAAGAUUUAGCUUCAGGUAUGAUCAACUGGAAUGAAGUCUCUUACUCAGGUUACUGAACUCCCAAACCAAUGCUUUUUCUUCUAAAUUAUCCUUUAGGUUGAUUUCUUUGAAAAAACCAAGUUGCAAAACUGAAGGCUGGCAAAACCUAUUAAUGCAUCAUUGUGAUAUUUCUAGCUCACUGUCCAAGGUUCAGCAUAGCCAUAUGGUUGUUAAUAAUUUCUAGGAAGCCUUUUUCCUGUGCCUAGAUAAUUUCCAGUUUCCAAAGCCCAUGGGCAACCAGAGAACUUGAGUUUAAAUCUCUCUUCUGAGCCUUCCUGUCAGACCUUGGACAAGUCACUCAAGCCCCCUCUCUGAGCCUCAGUUUCCUUCUCUGUACAAUGAAGGUAUUGUAUUAGGUGGCUCCUUAGGUCCUUUCUAGCUUUAUGUGUGACCUUGGGCAAGUCCCUUCACCAUCUCUGCAAAAAAAGAGGGUUAGACUGGAUGAUCUCAGAGGUGCCUUCCUAUUCUGGUUCUACAAUCCCAUGAUCAUUAUGAUUUAUAGGAUUUUGAAGGGAAAAACACAGUGUCCCCAUUCAGGCCACAUCAAGUCUUAACAUCAAGUGCUAUUCACAUCUCACUGGAGAGGUUUAAACUGUACUCCAUAACAUAUGACUGAAUUUAUUUUGUUUGACAAGGAAGUGCCCACAGUCCCCUGGAUGUUGUUGGUUCUCGGGACCUUUGUUGAAAAUCCAAAAGACAUACAUCUUCAUCUUGGUCUUUGUAACUCUAGCACCCAGCACAGUGCCUGGCACAUGGAAGGGGGCUUAAGAAAUGCCUGUUCAUUGAUUUUUUCCACAAGAACUGUUGGAAUUCCUCUCCAUAAACAAGGGGGCAAUUGGCUAGGUUGAUUUAUAUUGAAUAAAUGUGGCUGCCCCUCUGACUUACAGAAAUGUCAGGUUUAAUUAUUACCAUCUUAAAUGUCAUUUGCCUAGGGACUGCAGCUUUAUGUUUUAAAGGUCUGCCAAAAAGAAAAGGCAAAGAAAUCAUGCUGAGUCUCUCUAGUAUCAGAGAUCUCAAGCUGGGAGGGCCCUCAGGAACCAUCUAGUCCAAGCCCCUUGCUUCAUUUAUUUAUUUUUGAAAAGUUUACUUAAUUAGUCAAUUUAGAAUAUUUUCCCUUGGUUACAAGAAUCAUGUUCUUUCCCUCUCCUUCCUCUCUCCCCUCCUGUAACCGACGUGCAAUUCCACUGGGUUUUACAUGUGUACUUGAUCAAAACCUAUUUCUAUAUUGUAGAUAUGUGCAUUAGGGUGAUCAUUUAGAGUCUGUAGCCCCAAUCAUAUCCCCAUUGACCCAUGUGAUCAAACCAUUGUUUUUCUUCUGUGUUUCUUCUCCCACGGUUUUUCCUCUGAAUAUGGAUAGUGUUCUUUCUCGUAGAUCCCUCUGAAUUGUCCUGGAUCACUGCAUUGCCACUAAUAGAGAAGUCCAUUACAUUUGAUUGUACCACAGUGUAUCAGUCUCUGUGUACAAUGUUCUCCUGGUUCUGCUCCUCUCACUCUGCAUCACUUCCUGGAGGUUGUUCCAGUCCCCAUGGAAUUCCUCCACUUUAUUAUUCCUUUGAGUGCAAUAGUAUUCCAUCCCCAACAGAUGCCACAAUUUGUUCAGCCAUUCCCCAAUCGAAGGGAAGCCCCUCAUUUUCCAAUUUUUUGCCACCACAAAGAGCACAGCUAUGAAUAUUCUUGUACAUGUCUUUUUCCUUAUUAUCUCUUUGGAGUAUAAACCCAGCAGUGCCCUUUGGGCGUAGUUCCAAAUUGCCCUCCAGAAUGGUUGGAUAAAUUCACAGCUCCACCAGCAAUGCAUUAAUGUCCCUACUUUGCCACAUCCCCUCCAGCAUUCAUUACUUUCCUUUGCUGUCAUGUUGAACAAUCUGCUAGGUGUGAGGUGAUACUUCAGAGUUGUUUUGAUUUGCAUUUCUCUGAUUAUAAGAGAUUUAGAGCACUUUUUCAUGUGCUUAUUAAUAGUUUUGAUUUCUUUAUCUGAAAAUUGUCUAUUCAUGUCCCUUGCUCAUUUAUCAGUUGGGGAAUCAAGCCCCCUUUUUUUACAUAGGAGGAAGCUGAGGCCCAGGGCUGGGGAUUGCAUACUGCUCUAUUGACCUUCACUCUUUGCUUCAGAUCCAGUGCUCCCCUCCUGCCUCCCAUUUCUUCUUCUUGGCAAUCGAGUUUGGGGGGACUGACUGGUCAGAUUGGUGCCAUUAUCUCUCAAGAGGUGAAAUUAACAGGUCAUCAUUUCAUGAGGGCAUCCCACUGUUACCUUAUAGAUAAGCCCAAGUGACUAAAGAAAAGCAGCCCAGGUGGUUUCUGAGGAUUUGUCCACAAUUUUCUUGCCAUAAAAAGAAAUGUGUAGAGGAUUUAAAAUUCCAGCAUAAAAGUAUGUUCACAAACUAUUGCUGGAAUGCACUGUCCAAACAGUAUGUUAAUGCCACUUUUCCCAAGGUUAAAAGAGCUCUCAUUUGCCUGUAAAAAUAAAAUGGAAAACAGAUCAUCUCAACAGCGUUACUUUUGAUUGCAAAACUCAAACCAGAGGUCAAAAGAACAUAGAAGAUUUGGUUUUUUUAAGGUUGGUUUCAUGAUCAUAAAAAUGAAUUGAAAAGGGCAAUUAGUCCUUCAUCAAAAUCUUCAUUACAGUGGUGUAUUUGUUAGGAGAAGGAGAAACUGCUAGUCCUUUCAGUAGAGAGGCAUUUCUGUUAAAUAAAAUUUUAUUGAAGAAUCUGGUUGUUUCUGAAGGCCCAUUUUGGAGCCCAGGCCAAAGGAGUGUGUUUAGGGAGCCUGCCAGUUUUUGUUUACAUUCCAAGUAAGGUUUGUUUUAUAACCAUCUUGUAUAGACUUCAACAGCCACUCACAGCAGCAUGUCCAAAGUCAGCUUUGACUAGAUUUCAGACUGGCAUGUUCAAGCUAAUGUUGACUCACCAUCUCAUCUUAAUUAAGAAUAGAAUUGUUAUUCAUGAAACUCAAAAGGAGAUUUGUGAAUUGAUUCCAAGGGGUCCGAGAAUUUGCCUUUUUCAUAUUUCAGUAGAACUGGUUUCCUUGGUAACACUGUUUCAUCUUAUGCAUUUAAAAACAUGAUUCUGAGAAGGGAUGGAUAGGUUGCCAUACACUGCCAAAAGGGUCCGAGGCAAAAAUCGUUAAGAACUCCUGAAUUAGAGCUAUUCAAAGUACAAUGAGUGGCCUUGAAGAAAGGGAGUGAGUUUCCCCUCAACAGAGGUCUUUAAGCAAAGGAGGAAUGAUCAUUUAUCAGCAGUAUUAUAGAAGAUAUUGGUAUUCAAGCAUAUAGUAACAUGUAUCACUUGUUCUUUUUGAAGAGUAACAUUAUUAAAAUGGAUAUAAUGAAUGGAUUAUAGUAAUUUUCAGAGUUUUCUGAAACUUCUUGCAAUGAGCUUGAGCAUUUAAAGGACCUGGGGUACUUCUUUGACCAUAUUGAUUAUAACCUACCCUCUGUGACUUAGUAGAUGGUCUUAAGGUGUUGCCAUAGCCCCAAAUCUCAAACCCUGCUGUCAGUGAGGUGAUGAACCUUUCUGAAUUUAUCCAAGCUCAUCACUGGACUUCAAGCCUUUCCACCAUGGAAGACUUUGGGCUUCACAUGGAGAGCCUUUGGGGAUCCAAAGGUAACCUUUGUAUCUCCAGGGGAAAACAAAAGAGGACUUUAGUUAGGGGAUUACAAUGAACAUUGCUUUGCAAAAUCAUUCCCUGGGAAUUGGUUCAGUUUUACAGAUCUUGGCCCUGUUGAAUGGUGAUAAAUUGCUAGCUUUUACUUUGUUAUAAGUAGAGUAGGUUUUUUUAAAACCCAUACCUUCUGCCUUAGAGUCAAUACUAAGUAUUGGUUCCAAUGCAGAAGAGGGGUAAGGGCUAGGCAUUGGGGAUUAAGUGAUUUGCUUACGGUCACACAGCUAGGAAAUGUCAGAGGUCAAAUUUGAACCCAGGAUUUCUGUCUGCAGGCCUAGCUCUCUAUUCACUGAGCCACCUAGCUGCCCCGAGUAGAACAGGUUUUUACUUUCCCAAAUCUUAUUUAAUACCCAUCUUAAAGGCAGAAGGGGCUGUAGUAUCAUUUAAUACAGGGGUUCUUAGCUUGUGGUCCACAGAGCCCCCAAGGAGUCUAUGGAUGGAUUUUAGGGGGUAUGUGAACUUAGUUGAAAAAAUAAUUCAUUUUAAUUUUUAAUUUUAAUUUUUUUAAAUUUUUGUUAACUUCUAAAUGAAGUUUUGCAUUUCUUUCUAUUGUUUAAAAACAUUCUUCUGAGAAGGAGUUGAUAGGUUUCACUAGACCAAAAGAGUCUCUGACUCAAAAAAGCCUCCAAUUUAGUCCAGCCUUCUACUUGUUGAAAGAAAAUUGGAUCUCAAUUUCUUCUUCUGUAAAACCAGAGAAGUAGAAUGAUCUUUCAGACCCCUCCUACUCUUGAUUUUACAAUUUGUUCUCUACCAGGAGUUCUUAAACGUUUUUGUGUCCUAGACCUUUUGGGCAAAUGGGUAAAGCUUAUAACCUCCUUCCCAGGAUGGUGGUUUUAAACACAUAAAGUAAAAUCUAUAGGAUUACCAAGAACUCAAGUCGUAUUGAAAUAUAGUUAUCCACGUAUUUUAAAAAGAAAUUCAAGGCUCCAAGUUAAGAAUUUCUGCUAUAAAGCCUUACCUCAGACCUUUCUUAUUCACUUUUAGUUAUGAGUCCCUCCCCUCUCCGUAUUACUUUGCAUUUAAAAUUUUUCCUUAUAUACAGACUUAUUUCCCCCCAAUAAUCUCUUGGAGAGCAUUGCUGGGCAGGGAUUUUUGUUUUUGCCUCUGUGUCUCCUGUACCUGGUGUGGUUCCCAGCAUAUAGCAUAUACUUAGUAAAUGUUUGAAUUGAAUAAGUGACUAUUAACAGUUUCUAUGCACUGUUUCCAAAAUCCUUUAACUCCCUCUCUUUUGGUAACUGGGUAUUAACAGUACCUUCUGGCUUCUGGACAUCAACUCUUGUUCUACUAUAUUUAAUGUAGCUACUUUUCCCAAUAUAUUUCUUUCCUUUUAAUUGUAUGGACUGCUUUUUUAAGGCAAGUUUUUUUAGCUUUUCAUAAUUAAAUUGUCAUUAAUAAUUUUUUUCUAUUUGAUAUAGAGAAAAGAAUCCCUCCUUUUCACAGGUGAGACAAAUCUUAUUCUGUUUUCUAGUUUGAAAAAAAUUGUUGUUUUAUCUUUGGAUAUAAGAAUUUGCGGCAUGGGGUAUGAAGUAUGAAAAGUAUGGAUUCAGUUUUUGUCAUAUAGCUAACCAUCCACUUUCCCCAACAGUUUUUAUUGAAAAGUCAUUCAGUUUUCUAGUGUUUUCAACAGGGACUUAAAAUGCUAACCUUGGACUCCAGUUGUAGGCUCCCUCUUUUGAUGGUUUUCCUUUUCAUAGUUCUGGAUAUUCUUAUCCAUCACAUUUUCUAUAUGAGUUUUGUUAUGACUCAUUCUAUUAAAUAACCUAUUAGUACUUUUAUUGUUAUUGCAUUAAAUUGAUAAGUUGCUUUGGUGAGCAUUGAAAUUUUUAUGAUCUAACUGUGAGCUGGGGAUUUGUUCAAUUCUUCCUUGAUUUCUGUGUUGGAGUAACCUUUAUAUUGAUAAAUUAAUGACCAAAUAUGUGACGUGUUUUCCUAGCAAUAGAUGGCAUAGUCCUCUUUCUAUUGGUUCCUCUUGCUUCUUGGUGGUAGUACAAGGAUCUGGAGAUAAUUGCUAUUGGUUUAUCUUGUAUCUUUCUACCCUGUACUAAAGUCAUUUACCUUCAUUAAUGUUGAGGCUGAUAGUCUUGGAUUUUUGUAGGCAAAAAGUCAUGCUGUCUGUAAAUAGAGGUAGUAGACUUGUUCAGUUAUUUCAGUCGUUUCUGACACUACGUGACCCCCUUUGAGGUUUUCUUAGCAGAGAACCUGGAGUAGUUUACCAUUUCUUUGUUCAUCUCAUUUUACAAAUGAGGAAACUCGGGCAGACAGAGGUAGGAUGACUUGCCCAGAUGUCACAGCUAGUAUUGUGGACAGAUUUGAACUCAGGUAUUCCUGCCUCUAGGCCCAGUGUUCUAUAAAACCAUGUUUGCUAGUCCUAUUAAUUUAAUUUCUUCUGAGAUUUUUGUUAAGAAUGCUUUUUAUAGGGAGAGCUAGGUGGCUCAGUGGAUUGAGAGCCAGACCUAGAGAUGAGAGGUUUUGGGUUUAAAUGUGGCCUCAGACACUUCCUAGCUGUGUGACUUUGACCAAGUCACUUAACUGCAGUUGUCUAACUCUCACUACUCUUCUGUCUUGGAACUGAUACUUUGUAUUGAUUCCAAGACAAAAAAAAUACUUCAGAUAUCAUAUAUUUGGGGGCUGCUAGGUGGCAUUGGGGAUAGAGCACCAGGCCUGGAGAUAGGAAGUCCUGGGUUCAAAUAUGACCUCAGACACUUAACUGUGUGACCUUGGGCAAGCCACUUAACCGCAGAUCACCUAGUCCUUACCAUUCUUCUGCUUUGGUACUGACAAGCAGUAUUGAUUCUAAGAUGGAGGGUAAGAGUUUAAAAAAGAAGGCCUUUUUAUGUUUCCAUCCAAAUGCCAAUAGAAGUAAAUGGAACCAAGUACAGCUAGCAUGCCCUAAAGUCCUUCUUAUACUUUGUCAUCAGCUAAUGGGCUUAGGUCAGUCAUUCGACUACCCAAGUAUAGGUUUCUUCAUGUGGUUCACAUGGAUCCUGAGAGACUUUAUCAGGUGAGUGAAUGAAGAACAUUUAUUAGACAUGCUUUCCUGUGUGCCAAGCAUGGUGCUGGAUGCUAGGAAUAGAAAUACCCAAAGCAAGUAAGGCCUUGCCAUGAAAGAGCUUCCAUUCUAAUACAGAAAAACUGCCCAUAUAGGAGAGUGGUGACGGGGGUCAGGGGAAGGCAGGGAAAUCAUUGGGCAAUUGAUCAAUGUACUCUUUUCCUGAAUGGUAGUGCUGCUCUGUCUGGUACUCUCAGAGAGAUGGGGUGGCAGAAAGAUGGCCAGAACUAGCUGCGGUGAAUGUUUGCCUGAAUCUGACAAGAUGCAAUCACUUCUCUUCUCCCUGUUGCCUCCUUGAAAAUUUAGGCCAACCCUACAGCCUUUGUGAUCUGUUAUUAUUACCUUCCCCCUUUACCUUCUCCUUUCAGCAUUCUUAGUGUUCUCUUUCAUAUACUUAUUAUGUUCCAGGUGAACUGAACACAUUUCCUGACUCCAUGUCAUUGCUUAUGCUGUUCCCUGUGCCUUAAAUGCCUUUCUUUCCUUUUCUCACUUGUUGAAUUCCUACCUCUCCUUUAAAAGCCCAAAUCAAAACCCACCUUUACUGGGAUGCUUUCUAACCUUCUUCUGUCCUUCCCUUUCUCCCUCUUUAUACUUUUCUUUUGAAUGCACUGAGCACGUAAUAUGCAUAUUUUAGUUAUCUAUGUAUUUCCCUGUUUAGAUGCCCUUUGUGAGGACAAGGAUUGUGUCUUAUCAGUAGCUCUUUAUUUCCCUUGCCAGCUCAUUCCACAUCUAGAUUGCUUUAAUUGUUAUGAAGUCAGUUCAUGUCACUUGUUUUCAGGGCCUUCUCUUUAAUGUUGUGUAUUUGGAUUUUUUUGCCAUUGUCCUGGCAAGAUCACUUCAAGGAGAAAACAAUUGUCUAAAAAAAAUAAAAUCUAGAUGCUUUAGUUUUUAGUCAGAGAGCUUGAAAAAGCUACCUGUGAUAGUGUUUAAGCCUUUGUAUUUCUAAUAUGUAAAGCAAUUUACAAACCUUAAAGCAAAUAUAUAAAUACUAGUUAUUAUUAUUAGUAGUAAAAUGCUAUUUCACAAGGAAAGGAAUUUUUUCAGAAGAAGAAACCAUCUUCUGAUCAAUAAUAAUGGGGAUAAAUACAAAUGAAUAGAACUCUGAAGUUUUACAACCCAAUUAAAUUGGCAAAGAUGAUCAAAAUGAUAGAAACAGUCAAUGUUGGUAGAUCUUUGUUUUUUAAACUUUUAUUACUUUAAACACAUACCUUCCAUCUUAGAAUCAAUAUUGCAUAUUGAUUUCAAGGCAGAAGAGUGGUAAAGGUUAGGCAAUGGGGGUUAAGUUACUUGCCCAGGGUCACACAGCUAGAAAGUGUCUGAGGCCAAAUUUGAACCCAGGACCUCCCAUAUUUAGGCCUGGCUCUCAAUCUAGUCAGCACCCCACACGAACACACUGUUAACAGAGCUUUGACUUGAUCUAAGAGUCCUGGAAAUGACUUUAGAAUUAUGUGAGGAAAGUCAUUGAACUGUUUCAAAUCCUUUGCCCUGGCAAUCUCAUUACUGGGCGCAUACCCACAAAGAGGACAGUGAUGGAAAAAAUGUAGACUAUAUAGACUAAAAUUUUCAUAGCAGUGUUCUUUGUGAUAGCAAAAAACUGGAAACAGAAUGUCUGCCUGUCUGUUUGAGUAGUAGCUUAAUAAAUUGUGAUACAUGAAUAUAAUGGCAUGUUAGUACUGUAAAGAAUAACGAAUAGGAAGAACUUGGAGAAACAUGAGAAGAGUUGUAUGAAGUGAUGCAGAGUGAAGGAUGCAGAACCCAGAGAAGAAUUUACACAAUGACCACAAUAACGAGCAUUGAGGACACAAUGACUGUCAGCAUAGUUUACGAUAACUCUGAGGCCAUGGAGCUGUGUGCAGCUCAGCACCUGUAUCUGAAGCCUAUAGCCAGACUGACCAUCAAUGUGAUGCUGCCCGAAGAUCUCACAUACACUAGAUCAUUUUCUAACUGGGAGGUCCUAGACCAGCUGAAGAAUCUAAUCUGCCCAGAUCAGUUUAGCACUGUGCGACUUUCAAAGAGCACCAAAGACUUUAUUCGAUUUGAGGGAGAGGCAGAGACCAGAAGUCUGGUUCAGAUCCUAAAGGCAAAACUGCAUGGCAAGAUCAUCAGGAUGAAUGGCUUGAAGAAUGGCUUGAAGAUUGUGGCCACAGAUGCCUGGCUAGACUUCCCGUCCCAGCAAGAGUGGGAAUUGGCCUCCAAGAAAAACAAGGCAGCUAGUGAUGAGCUUAUAAAGCAAAAUCUUAAUGAGAGCCCUGAUUCCAUCUACUUUCAGGGGUUGCCCUGCAAGUGGUUUGCAUCCAAAGGCUCCAAUGGGGAAAAGCCAUGUGAGGAAAUCCUCAGGGUGGUAUUUGAAAGCUUUGGGAAAAUAAAGAACAUCGACAUCCCAAUGCUUGAUCCGUACCAAGAAGUGAUGGCCACUGGCAGCUUCAACCAUUGUACUUUAGGCAGCCUUCAGACUUUUGAGGCCUUCAUCCAGUAUCAGGAAUAUGCUGAUUUUGUCAAAGCCAUGGAAUCCCUGAGGGGAAUGAAGCUGAUGCUCAAGGGGGAAGAUGGGAAAGCCCUGGCCUGCAACAUCAAGGUUAUGUUUGAUACAACCCAGCACUUCAGUGAGGGGGCCAUCAGGAAAAGAAAUCAGGAGAGGCUAAAACUACAAGAGCUGGAAGAAGAGAGAAAAAGAGAAAAGAAGCGAGAAGAGGCAGAAAGGAAACGGAAAGAUGAAGAGAAGAAGCUCCGAGAGAAGAAAAGGAAAACCAAGGUCAAGAGAAAAGAACAAAAACAGAAACCAAAAGAGGAGAAACGCCCGAAAAAGAAAGCUAAAGCUGAGGAAUCUGAAAAACUUAACAGCCAGGAGAUGGAGAGUCCUAAAGCAGAAGAAGAUAGCAUCGCGGAGUUCGAAGUGAAGGUUUUGAAGAAGGAAGAGCCAGCCCCUCUGAAUUUCAUGAUCCAAGAGGCAAAGAAGAAGAUGUUCAAGAAAAAGCCUGUCAAGCACGAAAGAACUCCAGUACCCCAAAGCAAGAGGAGGAAUGAGUUACUGGACUCUUCUUGCCAUUCAGAGAAAACCUUUGUAGAUGACCCGACUAAAGGAGAAUUCACUGACCAAUUAAUGCCUGACACAUGUGAGCACAGUUUUGUCUCUCAUGUGAAUUCCUUACAGAUUACAAUUAAGCAGGACUUGAGCCAGGCAUUUGAAGAUGAUGAAGAAGAGGAGGAUGAAGAGGAUGAAGAUGAUGAAGAUGAUUGGUAUGCAUGGAAUCCAUCUUCUAACCGUAAAGCAGGCUAUGGCAGAAAACAGAAAAUCUAUGAAACUGAUGAAUUUAUUCACUAUCUGCUAAAUUACUAUCACCCUCCACAAUAUGCCCGUAUUUAUGAAGACCUAAACAGUGCCCCAGGUAAAUCUCGGUGGCGAAGAGAGGUCCAUGAUGAUGGAAAUGGAUUUCAGGUUAACUUGAACCAGUCAAGACAUCACUCCACCAGAGGAAACAUACAAAAUGGACAAGAGAUUGAUUGGGCCCCAGAGGAUGAUCUUCUGGAAUGUGAAGAUGAUUAUCAAUGGAAGCUUGCCCAUCAGGAAUUGGAACCCAAACUGAGAGAGGCUAUAAAUGCAAGCUGUGCUGAAGAGUUUGCAAAGACAGUUAAACGUCGUUGUGUGGACUCAAGCAGCGAAGCUGUUGGUCUUAUGCUAGAUCUGGGUGGAAAGCAGUGCCUAUGGCAAAACUCCCACAUUGGCCCUAUCAAAGACUCCAAGCAUAGGGGUAAGAGAAAGAGUUCUUCACAAUCCAAGCUUGCUGGCUUCUCUUAUGAGGUAACAGACUUCUUAGAAGAGAUUAGUAGUGAUUCUGAUUGUUUUAAUGAAACAUUGAGUGAAGAGAGUGAGCAUCAAAGCCCUUUUCCAAAUGUAGAUCGCUUGGUGAAGGUGAGGGAAGACUCGGACAACUAUGAUGAAACUAUUGCCUUUGACCAAGAAAAGAAAUGUAGCCAAUGUGGCAUGUUCCCACUGUUAAAACCCAGUGGUUUGACAAAGCCUCUUAGAACCAAGCUUAAGAAAGCAGUCAAGAGGUCCAGGAAUGAAUUAAAAUGUCCAGAGCCCAAAGGAGAAUGUGAAACCAAUGGGGUUGAGAAAAACACUAGAAAAAAGAAGAAAAAGCCACCUGUAGAAGACAGACUUGAUAAAGACGACUGUCCUAUCCCUGAUCCCAGCAGUUUACGGGCCCUCAAAAAACCUGAGAAGAAACGGAGCAAACUGACAGAAUCCAAAAUGAAAUGUAAAGCUUCCUGUGUGCCAGUAGCAUCUUCACAAAGUGUUGAAGAAGCCCUACCUGUCCAAGGGCUUUCUGUGAAUGUAGGUAAUCCUUGGAAGCCGAAAUCCACUCAAGAAACAGGAGCCUCCAACAGAUGUGUUCAGUGGAAGGAUGAGCCCCAGGAUUCCAGUGAUUGUCUCACCAGCUCUAACAGUCCAGAUCCUCUUGCCUCUGAAAAUGGGUUUGAAAAGAGAUCUGCUGUCUUUAAAUUGCAGAGUUUUUAGAAACUCACUGAGCUUAGACAACUGAUUCUAUCAGAAUGGUAAAUGAUUUGAGAAGAGAAAAACAAAAGAAGACUUUAGGAAUUCAUCAGCUAGAUAGCAAGAUGUCACUUAAAAGUUUUAGUUGUGGCAAAUUUAACCCUUCAUCUAGUAUAGCUCAUUUAUUGUGAUGACAGCUGAUAUGUUAGGAAGGCUUGGGGAGAUUAAGAUGUGUUUGUAAAUCAUUGCUAGCCAUGAGUGGGCAAUACAGUAGUUUAAUUGAACCUUUGAUAGUGUGUCUUGCAAGUACAAAUAUCACUUGCAGAGUAGGGAAGCUUCCUUAGCUACAUUUUCUUUGGUUGUUACCCAAAACAACAGCUGUCAAUAGUGGGGAUCUUUUUCUGUUUUCUCUCAGUUGGUCAAAGGUGAUCUGUGCUGUGAGAAGCAUGAUCUGUGCCUAUAGCAGGGGUUCUUAGCCCUUUUGUGUGUUUUGGACCCCUUCGACCGCAGUCUGGUGAAGCCUGUUUUAAAAUUUUUUUCAUAAUUAAAAGAAAUGCUAAAUUUCAGUUAGAGAUUAGUGAAUAAAGAUGUAAUUUUGCCCCCCCUCCCAUCCAAGAUCACAAACCUACCUAAAAUCUUUCCAUAGGCCCCAGGUUAAGAACCUCUAGUCUAUAGGUACCUUUUUGGUUUUUGGUUCCUUUUUAGCAUAGAGCAGUCAAAUAGAAAGGAGAAAGGAGCUAGAAGCUCACUUUGAUUUCUCAGAGAAAUGAUUUUGAGCUUUUCAUGGACAGGUGUAGAGAAUCCACACACAGUAAUCAGUGGACCAUUCUUUAUGGAACAGCAUACGGAAGACAAUUCUGACAACUUGGUUCAUUUCCAAAUCAAUACCUCUUUCCUGGGUUCCACUUGUUAAAUGUUCAGACCCAGGUUGAAAGAGAUGACCUAGAAACACAGAAAUAGACUGGGGGGGUGGGGAAGGCCAUCAGACCAAAGGGCUAGAGAGAGCUCACAGGAAAGAAGGCUAGUGUUCUUGGAGGUUUCUUUGGGACAACAGAGCUCCAAGAGACCUGGCAGCGUUUCUGGAGUGUCUGCUACUUACAGAGUGGCUUCAUGUAAAGGCAGGUGACAAUUACAUUGAAGUUAGCAAUGGGGAGCUCAGUAGGAAUUCAUCAACUGUAUCUUGGACAACCGGAAUCUGUCUAGGAACCUAGAGAGCUAUUCUGGGGUCUGAGGGCAGCUUUGAUGCUGUCUUAGGAGUGGUUUGAGGAGUGAUCUCAGAGAAGUGAGGGAGUAAGAGGAAAGAAGUACUUUCUCACUUUGUAGAAUUGUUUUGCAUGGUGUAGAGAAUGAAAUCCGUGUGUGCAAAUUUCCCAUUCAGUGUCCCAAACUUUGCUUUUUAAAGGCCUCCUCAGUUGUUCCCCUGGGGGUCAUGGAAAAGACAUGACCAGGUCUUGAGCCCUUGGUGAGUAGUCUUCUAGAUGGGAAACAAUAAUGGAGUAUUCACACAUUAAGAUUUCUUGGAUUUACAAGUUCAAAAUGGGAACAUUUGUUAUUGUUGUUACGUGUUUGGUGCUGCUUAAAGGUGAGACUUCUUUCCCCAGAUUCAUAUACUAAUGAUUUUGAGAACUUUGCAGCGCACACCAUGUUGGACGCUGGACUUGGGUACCCCAAGGACAGGGGAUGAAAUUAAAUCCAGCAGUCAUUUUCGGCCUGAACUAUAGAAGAUGAAUGGACUAGAUCAGAGACUCCUUGAAGCAUAAAUGCUGUCCAGUGCUCAGAAGUCAUCUGGCAAGCCAGGUUUUGUAUAAGCUGGUUUAUUUAAAACAGGCCUGAUUUAAAACUGAUGAGUUUCUAUCAGAAAUGUUACCUGAAUUUACCACCUUCUACAUUCUGUCUUGUAUCAUAAUUAUUUCUGUAAAAAUGCUCCCCCCUGGCCCCAGCCAAUGAGAUUGUGUAUAUACGCUCCCAUCCCUCCACCCAGUAAGAUUUCUAUGUGCUUCUACUGCCCCCAGCCAAUUAGAUUGUGCUCACGUGUAACUUCCCCUACCCCAAGCCAAUUUUGUUGUAAGCUCCCCGAAAGCAGGAUCCGCUUCAUUUUAGUAGCCCUGACAAUUGUAUGGAGCCCCAGCCAUGGUAGGAGCUUAAGAGAUAUAUACUAAAUUGGUUGAAUUGAAGCCUACUAGGACCCUCUCUCCUCUCCUCCCCCCAAGUAGCCUGGAAUGUGUUUUCACAGAAACUUGACCGACUCCUGGGCAAGCUUUCUCUGGUCUGUGGGAGGAUGAGUGGCCGAAAUGGUGACAAGUACUCUUUUUGUCGAGCGGCCUGUUUUUCUGAAGUUCGGUACCUCAUCCUUGAUGGAAUCCUACGAAACUACCAAAUACCCCACCUUUUCUGCUUUAAGAACCACAUGGUGAUGGUUUUCAAUAGUUGAGUAUAUAGCUGUGUGAUACAUAAGGAUUCAGCCAAGAAUGUGUUGUGAUGUACCAUAUGCGCUUAUAAUGUUAGCUUGAAUAAAAUCGUGACAGAAAAAUGUGCUGCUCUUCAUGUAAGAUUUGGCUUCUCAUUGAAUGCUGGGUGUGGUCUAUUGUCCAAUUUUCAAAUCCCUCCUGUGUAUCGAGUGCCUUUUUCUACAUGUUCUCCGAGGCUCAGGAAUGACGGCUAACAUUCGGACGGAGUUACUAUUUUUCAUAAUACCUUGGAAAGUUCAUACAGCUUGUCUUUGUCAAGGAACUUUGUGUGAAUAAGUGUCAAAACCUACCCUCUUUGGCUUCUAGGUUCUGCUUUUAUUUGCAAUGUUUUGUACAGUUGCGCUGAAGAGAUUUUGCUGUAACAGCUACAUUUAUUGUGAUAAUCUGUUGUUUCUUUGGUCAUCUGGUUCAGAGUAUUUUUCUAUGUAAAGUUUAUGGGUAUAAAAAGAUUUGCUACCGAAUGAAUGCUUCUGAAAUGAAACUUUAAUUGCCAUAGCAAUCAAACAACAAACAUUUUUUAAGCCCAGGCCAUGUGCUUCAGUGUGCUGGGAAUGGCUAUUAAGACAAAAAUUAAGAGCCUGCAUUCUUUCUGAAUGGAGUGGAUGUAUAAAAGGCAUUUGGUUUAGGGGUAGCACAACAAAGGAGAAGAUGAGAUAAGGAGUGCUGGACCCCAAAUCGGGAAGGCUUGGGUUCAAAAUUGGCCUCUGCCUCUCACUAGCUGUGUGACCAAGGGCCAAUCACUUACACGUUAACCCUCUAAGCCCCCAGGUGGGCGACUCUCUCCGACUUCUCUACUGAAAUUUUUGGAGGAGCAGUCUUCUGCAUUGUUGGAGAGCAUUCCAGUGAAACCCCACCCAUGACAUCCUUGGCUUUUUGCCUGGUGAUCUAGCAGCAUAGAAUUGGUACUAAGGUAUUCAUUCGUAGCAUUUUCCCCCCUGUUAGCUAAGCACUCUUCUGGGGCCCAGAGAGAAGUCAAAAUACUGGUUUUGUGUUUGUGUACUUUCUACAUCCUGCUCCUACCUCUUCCUUCUACCUUAUGUCUGAGGUCAACUACUUAGAAUGUACAGAGAGAAAAACCAAAAAAAAAAAUGGCUACCUUGAUAUUCUCUGUAUUGUAAAAAUCUAAUGCCUCCACCGAAAUGAGAUGUGGAACUGUCAGUUGAUUUUCUUGAUGCCUUUUCAUCUGUCUUGAUGGUGGGUUAGGAAAUCCUAUAUGUGGUGUUUUGCACCACCUUUACCUCUUACACUGUUGAAUUUAUACCAUGUUAGCUUUCAAGUGGACCUCUUAAAUAUGUUACUGUUGUGAUGGAUGACCCUUUAUAUAAGAUCCUGAAAGCUUUUAGAAAGCUGGGCACCAUUGGUUGGGUCAGUGUGUUUUGAUUCACCUUGCACGGCUCAAAUUUCUCAGGUAGGAAAAGGUGAAUUCCUGGUGCUCAUAGGAAAACUGGAAUGUGUUUGCGGUAACUUUCUCAUGGCGAUUUAGAACAGAUCUCUACCUUGUCUCAUCAAGUUGACAUCUGUGAUCUGGAUGAAUGGAUGACAUACCAGUUAUCAGUCAAGAGAAUUGCCGAUCGAUAGGUGCUUUGUACUUAGUAAGUUCUUGAGUCCCCCCCCCCAUUCGGUAAGGACUUCUUAAAUAUCCCCUUCCUUUGUGCUUAGGCACCCUAAGCUUUAGGGAUAAGUCACUCUAUCCUUUUAGUCCUCAGUGGAAGUGCUCAACAGCUAUGCAGUAGCGGAAGGACUUGAUGGGGGGAGGAGCAAAUGGCCUAGUUGGCUAGGGAAGUGUACAUACCUGUCUUACGCCUUGCAUAAUCUUGGCUAAUGCACAUUCAUUCACAUGUGCUCCCUAACCUGAGGUCUCUAGUUUGAGAGAUCUUACACCCAAAAAGAGAGAUGAUGGUUGAAUUGUAGAAGGGUCCUCAGAGUCCAAUGGAGUCUAACCCCCUCAUUUUCACCAAUGGGGAAACUCGAGUCCAGAGAGAAGUGACUUGGCCAUGACCACACAGCUAUUAAAAUCCUUCUGAGAAGGGAUUCAAACCCAGUUUUAUUCUGACUUCAAAUCCAGCACUCUUCGUUCCAUCAUACCUUCCCCCCAGUGGAGCAGGUGCAAUUGUAAAGGCUGACUUCUGGGUGACAUGCUUACGAAACAUUUUCAUGUGUGUACCCAUUUGUUCCCUGCAAGGUAGUAGAACUGUAUUUAAAUACUCUCUUCGAGAAUCCUAGCUUUGGGAACCUGCACGGGACUUUAACCCAAGUGUUACAAUAGUUGGGGGCUUAAUGUGGGAAUGUGUUUUGCUUGGCUAUGCGUAUUUGUCAAAAGAGCUUUGUUAGCCUUUUGGUGGGGGUGGGAUGGGAGGGAGAGAAAACUGCUUGUUAAUUGAAAACAAUACAAUAAAAUAAUUUAAAAAACCA